UCAUGACGUUUUCAUGUCAAACUUUUCUGAUUGGCCGUACAAAAAAUGAUUCUAUAACACAACUCUUCCAUCUUCAACAUAAUUGGACCUGCAUCUUCCUCAUAACUCACAGUUUUUCACUAAGCAAGUCAAGUGAGUUGUGAGCAUCAUCAUCUCCAUUUCAACAUGAACCAUGAAACUGAUGCAGUUAAAAUAUACUUCUUCCCCUUCGUAGGUGGAGGACAUCAGAUUCCAAUGGUAGACACAGCAAGAGUGUUUGCAAAACAUGGAGCCACAUCAACCAUCAUAACUACACCAUCUAACGCUCUUCAAUUCCAAAAUUCAAUCACCAGAGACCAAAAAUCCAAUCAUCCCAUCACCAUUCAGAUUCUCACCACCCCUGAAAACACUGAAGUAACUGACACCGACAUGUCUGCUGGUCCCAUGAUCGAUACCUCGAUUCUCCUUGAACCUCUGAAACAGUUCCUAGUCCAACACAGACCGGACGGUAUAGUUGUUGACAUGUUUCAUCGUUGGGCUGGCGACAUCAUCGAUGAACUCAAAAUUCCAAGAAUUGUCUUCAAUGGUAACGGGUGUUUCCCGCGCUGUGUCAUUGAAAAUACGAGAAAACAUGUUGUGUUAGAGAAUCUGAGUUCAGACUCAGAACCUUUCAUUGUUCCUGGCCUUCCUGACAUAAUCGAGAUGACACGGUCUCAGACUCCAAUUUUCAUGAGAAACCCAUCUCAGUUUUCUGAUAGGAUAAAGCAAUUAGAGGAAAAUAGCCUUGGUACUCUUAUCAAUAGUUUUUAUGAUUUGGAACCAGCUUAUGCUGAUUACGUAAGAAACAAACUGGGAAAGAAAGCAUGGCUUGUAGGACCAGUUUCUCUUUGCAACAGAAGCGUAGAAGAUAAGAAAGAAAGAGGGAAACAACCCACUAUAGAUGAACAAAGUUGUUUGAAUUGGUUGAAUUCUAAGAAACCCAAUUCAGUUCUUUACAUAAGUUUUGGGAGCGUAGCUCGCGUACCAAUGAAACAGCUCAAGGAAAUUGCUUAUGGCUUAGAAGCUUCUGAUCAAUCAUUCAUUUGGGUGGUUGGGAAGAUUCUCAACUCAUCUAAAAAUGAAGAAGAUUGGGUUCUUGAUAAAUUUGAAAGGCGAAUGAAGGAAAUGGAUAAAGGUUUGAUUUUUAGAGGUUGGGCUCCUCAGCUUUUGAUUUUGGAGCAUGAGGCUGUUGGAGGGUUUAUGACUCAUUGUGGAUGGAACUCAACUUUAGAAGGUGUGUGUGCUGGAGUACCUAUGGCGACUUGGCCACUUUCAGCUGAGCAAUUUAUCAAUGAGAAGUUGAUAACUGAUGUGUUGAGGAUUGGUGUUCAAGUUGGUAGUAGAGAGUGGGGGUCUUGGGAUGAAGAGAGGAAAGAGUUGGUUGGAAGAGAGAAGGUGGAGUUGGCAGUGAAGAAGUUGAUGGCGGAGAGUGAAGAUACAGAGGAAAUGAGAAGGCGGGUUAAAAGUAUUUUUGAGAAUGCAAAAAGAGCUGUUGAAGAAGGUGGAAGUUCUUAUGAUGAUAUUCAUGCAUUGAUUCAAUGCAAGACAAGUUUAGAUUGUUAAACAAUGCAAGACAAGUGCUAUUCGAUCACCUCUGAUGGACAAUGUAUGCGAUUCAAUAAGACUCAACUGAAAUGCUAUUCAAUAAACACUGUAUGCCAACAUGAAAACUAACCAUGAAAACUAAGAUGUGUAUUAUAGUAGAGAUCUUCUCCAUUUCUCCAAAGAAAUAAAGAUGUCAAUUACUAAAACUUUAGGAUAUAAAUAUAUGUUACAUAUCACAUUUUUAGAGUCUUUUUAAUUAAAUUUUAAGUCUAUUUUUAUUAGUUAUUUAA